CAAGGUCACACUAGCAAUAAUGCCUAAUAACGGCGUCCGCGCCGUGGCGACGCCCGUCGCGCGAGAAGAGCCGCUCCUACGGCGGGAAGACGACGCAGCACCGCCGAAGGCCGCCGGUGGCGAUGGGCAGCCGCUCGACGCGGGCGCCCGUGACGCCGGCAGCUUCCCGUGGCUGCCAGCCGCGGGCGUCGUGUACCUCACGCUCAGCUCCGCGAUGGCCCUGCACCGCUGCUGGCCCGACCCCGGCGACGUCGCGUUCGUCGUGUCGGCGUACGUCGACCUCGUCCUGCUCUUCUGCUGCCUCCGGAGGUACGAGCGCGCGGAGCCUGGGUCGCCGCUCAGGGAGCGGCUCAAGCUGGCGGUGUGGCUGCUCACGUCCGCGCUGACGCUCCUCUUCUCCUAUAAGGUCGCCGCCGUCAUGCCGGCCGCCGUUGCUGCCAUCGUCUGGCUCAUGGGUCUCACCACCAUCUGCGGUGGCUUCCUCGCUUUCUUCUGCUUCCAGAAGAAGGCGUGACUUUCGCUCUAUGGACAGAGAGAGAAAAAUGUCGGAGGUUGACGAUGGACAAGAUUACCGGGUUAUCAAAAUUUUAUUGGUGAUAAGCAAAAUUUUUUGCACGAAUUUAUAGAAAUGACUCAGUUUGUCUAUAAUAUCUUGUAGCUAUUAUCUAGACAUUUAAGAAAUGAAAACAACACAUGAGUCAGCCAA